GUCACAUGAUCUACAUAUAUGAUCAAAGUCGACGACGCCGCGACGGAUUCAUCAUGACUAUAAAACGUUAUUACAUGUAGCUAGAUUUUAGAAUCUUUUGACGUUGGAUGAGCUAACUUAUUUUGUUCACGAUAGAGACACAUAUCUGAUGUCGUUCGCUCUGGCUGCUGCAGAUUGUGAGGCCAGAGACAACAUUCCAAAUAUACACCAUGAUAUCUAUAUCCUCCAACAAGCAUUUCUUCCAGCCACUCUCGUCAUGCAGCACUAAACUGAUCAUACCCACCCUCAUUAUUAUAACGGCAUUAUGCAUUCAAGUGACCUCCGGCUUCAUGACCCCUGACAUGAUACUGAAGUUAACCACCGCAGGGCGCCCUCCUAUGACGCCCCAUGUCCAGGGUGAGGUCUCCGGCAAGUGCAAGACGGAACUGGCUGCCGUCAUUUCAGCAGAGACCUCUGAGCUUCUUCAGGUGGUGGACUCGUUUGGGAAGCCGGAGUCUGGUCUACUGGCUGGCAAUGCAGUGUGGAUGGGGCACUAUGAUGAAUGCAAGAGCAUUACAGGAUUCAACUUCUGCAUGUCCUAUCUUCAUCUGACGCUCCCCCAAAACAGCUCCAUAGUUCCUAGUCCUACAGGCCAAACACAGUUGAUGUGGGGAGUGUGCGUUCCAGAAUCCUGCUCAGACUCAGAUGUACUCUAUGCUCUGCAAGACCUACUUAAUGUAGUCGAGGCUCCCUUUGAUAUCUCAGCUGUGAAUGCUUCUUCAGUCUUAUGUGCACAGGAUCCACCCGCUCCGUACGAUACUGUUGGUUUUAUUGUAACGAUGGCAGUCAUAGGCCUACUAGGGACUCUGAUGGUGCUUGGGGCUUUCCUGGAUACCACCUUGCGAUCCGUCAACUACAAGGCCCCGCCCACCAGUCGGCAGCUGGUUAUCAACAGGACAACCAACGUGUACCCUUACCAGAGGGUUGGGAGCCCCUCAGGGGAUGAGGGGAGGGGCACAGCUGGGGAGAUGGAGGUGCAGUACCUGGAGGAGACACCCACAGCAUGCACCAGGGCCUGGCAGCAGUUCCUGUUGUGUUUUGCUGUUAAUCGCAACCUCAAGAAGCUGCUCUCGUCAAAGACCGGAGAGGGCGGUAUAGGCUGCCUCAACGGCAUCCGGGUCAUCAGUAUGACCUGGGUCAUCUUGGGUCAUGUGCCACUCUUCAUGAUUUCGGCCGGUAUUGUUGGGAAUCCAUUGUAUGCCUUCCAGUACACCAGCAGGUUUGGGAUUCAAGCAGUGGUUAAUGCUUAUUUCUCGGUCGAUUCUUUCUUCUUUCUCAGCGGCCUGCUGGUUGCCUACAUGUCUUUGGGCAGGAUGGCAAAGAGCGGCGGAAAGCUACCUUGGUUUUGGUUUUAUUUCCACCGGUACUGGAGGUUAACUCCUGCUUUGGGUAUGACCACUUUGAUCUGGCUCUUCCUAAAACCCUAUCUGGGAUCAGGACCGAUCUGGCAGUCCAACGUCUCGGACCCGUUCUGUUCUCGGGACUGGUGGGUCAACCUACUGUACAUCAAUAACUUUUACCAUAAUGAUUGUAUUGCUUGGGUAUGGUAUCUAGCUAAUGAUAUGCAGUUCUUUAUCAUCAGUCCUAUUCUACUAAUCAUACUACACAGGCGACCAUUACUUGGACUGCUUAGUCUUUUUGGAAUCUGUGUGGUCAGCUCAGUUACUACAGGUCUACUUAUGGCAAAACACAAUUUCUCUGUUCUUUUUCUUGAUGCAUCAAAUCCAAAUCCACCAACGGAUCAAAGCCAAUCCUUUACACAGGUGAUCUACGCUAAACCUUACUGCCGCAUUGCACCUUAUAUGGUUGGCAUGGCAAUGGGAUACCUUCUUCAUAAAAUCAAGAAAGACAAUGUCAAACUGCAUCCGUAUGUUGUGGUGAUAGGAUGGGGUGUUGCUUCAGCCGUAGGAAUGGCGGUGGUAUACGGGUUGUACGGAGGUUACAACAAUCAUCCCCUUAGUACGACGGAGAACGCCGUCUACAUGGCGCUAUGUCGGUUUGCUUGGGCCAUCAGCCUCUCCUGGGUUGUGUUUGCCUGUCACUAUGGAUACGGAGGUUGGAUCAACGACUUUCUGAGUUGGGAGUUGUGGAUACCGAUGAGUCGCCUGACAUAUUCGGCCUAUCUUCUUCAUCCUAUAGUCAUUAUAAUCUACGGCUACAACUUGACCAACACCUACUUCUACUCCAUCUAUACCCUGGCAUUCGAGGUUGCUGCCUUCAUAGCCCUUGGCUACAUGGCUGCUAUCUUGAUGGCAGUAGCAAUCGAGUUCCCAUUUGGAAACCUGGAAAGAAUGAUCAUGCCAUCAACAGACAAGAAGACCAAAUAGCUGAAUGUGUAUUCAAGAUGGUGACACGACAUAUGCUCAGGCGACAUUUGCUCCGGUCUUAAAAUAUCUCAGAGGGCAUAGGGUUAUGAUUAGGAUCCUAAUGUUUUUAUUAAUAAAUUAUAAUCCACUUUUAUAUAGUGCUUAAUACAUCGGAACAACGUGUCUACGCGCUUUCCAGAUAUAUUAUUACCCCGGUCAUCGGAUUCAAUCACUCAUUCCCGCACACAGUGUUUGCACAUCCUCCACUCCUUAGGGAGUAUUCCAGUCAGUCGCCGGUGAGGCGCACACAGUACUGGACAAGCUACAAUGGCUUCCACAUCCUACCGGGUACCCAUUCAGCACCUGGGUCGAGAGUAACAAAGUGUGGAUUAACGCCUUGCCAAAGGACGCCAGACCGCAGUGGGAUUCGAACACAUGACCCUCUGUUUACAAGGCGAGAGUCAGAACCACCACACCUCGCUUUUUGGUUCAGAUUAAAGUAAGGAUGAGGGUUUUUUAAUUUUUUGAGGUUAGGCUUUGUGUUUGGCAUAACAUGAAGGUUUUCCCUCAGAGCAACUGCCAUGGAACUGUUAUGAUUCAUGGCCUGUUAUGUUUGACUUUUAGGAUACAUUGACACGACGUUUGCUCUUGCAACAGUCGCAACAGGCUUUAUUUCAUGUAAGAUGUAGGUUUAAGUAUUGCAAAAGGGUUUUCUGAUGGGUUUCGGGUAUAGUACAAUGUUGAAUCCGGGGUUGGAGUUGGUCAUUCCAUCAGUGUGUCAAAUGUAUGCCAGAGCGAUUGUCGCUUGAACAAGUGUCAUGGAAUGAUUGUAAACAUGUUAUUACUUAUGUGUACAUGUAGUUUAAAGCCUCUUGAUUAGAAAUUGUCAAAUAUGAAUGUUCGUAUUGUGAUGCAAAUUUGACAAUCAAAUACUGGUGCCAAGACUCUAGACAUAUAGGCUCAUGUCAAAACAUAUUCUGUCGUUUCAUUUUGAGUUUGUUGAUAGAUACAUGGUUAUUUUUUAAUAUCCACGUAGAAAAGGAAAUCUUCCAUUUUCCUUUUGAAUUCUUUAGCGCCAUUUUAUUGAUCCCUGCAUAAAACAGUGGGUGUUAAUGUUUGCAGUGGGAAGUUUAUUGUAACAUGUAGCAAUUUCGAGUUUUGUCAACUCGAUCUUAGCACAUUCCUCAUACAGUUCCCAGGGGCGGAUCCAGGAUUUUCCAAAAGGGGGGGGGGCACAUUUUCUGCAAGGAAAAAUUUGACAAGCCCCAAAAAAGGUUUUCAAGCAAAAAAAAGAAUAAGGUCUUCACUUUCAAAAGAUAUUGCCAUCUUUUCAUAUACAUUUGAUAAUAAUCCCAGAUGUACGAAGAGUUUCUAAAAAAAAUCUAGCAGUUAUGGGCUAUAUUUAAUGAUUUACAGGCAAAUUAUAUUUUAAUGGCUUGAUAUUCAAAGCAUAAUUGAUUAAUUGAAAAAUGUUUUUUUUUGGUACUAUUCAUAAUUGAAUUUUAGAGAUUACAUCAUGUGUAAUCUGCUUGCCAAUUGUUGUCGCAAUUGCGCAAUCAUCGACCGAGAUCAGGGGGGGGGGGCUGCUUUUGCUUUUAUUUGAGAAAGUAGCCAAAAAUCACUGUAGUGUUAUGGAAUUUUGAAAUAAUUUCAGAAAUACAUGUACAUGUAUUCAUCACCUUUUAUUUGUGAAUAUGCUA